AUGUCUGUCAUGCUGGUGGCGGAGACGGUCUACCUCAACGCCGUUAGCAUCUUCGUCAGGCUCCUCCGCUGGAAUCCGGAGAGGCAGCAGAAAUGGGAGGUCCUCCAGACGGACCCCGAGACCGGCAACCUAGCGUUCCCUGUGGUCCUCAUCCAGAUCCCCAUGUACAAUGAAAAGGAGGUAUUGUCCCACCUUCUAGCUAAUGUAGCUCUCUCCUGCUCUCUACAUUAAAUUUCACAACUCCAUCUCCAACUCCACCGUUUGUCUGUCUGUCUGUCUGUCUGUCUCUCUCUCUCUCUCUCUCUCUCUCUCUCUCUCUCUCUCCCAGAACAAUCUCAAUCAGAACAUUAAGAAAAAAAAUUGUGGUGGUUUAAGGUUUACAAGCUCUCCAUCGGGGCAGCCUGUCGCCUCCUCUGGCCGCCUGACCGGAUCAUCAUCCAGGUGCUCGACGAUUCCACCGACUACUUGAUCCGGGUAAGCUGUAGCGUCCAAAUCAACUGGUUUCUUUUCCGUUAUUUUCGGAUAGUAUGCACAUUUACAGGCUAUGAUUAUAUUGUGAGAGGGAAGAAUCGAACCAUGUGGGAGCAGGUGUCCACGUUGCUUUUACCAAAGCAUGGACGCCUAGACGGGCCCUUUCUUGGUUUCGUGGGGAGGUUGGGAGAGAGACCCAGUUGCUGCCUCAGGCGAGGGCACAAUCCAAUGAAGUUUUCGCUGGGGAUCACUAAAGAAGUCCGCUUUUGCCCGUUCACCGGAAUAUGUUUGUUCCGGUUGUGGACAGAGAGAGAGCGAGAGAGUCCCUGGUUUCGAGAUCUACAGCUCCAGACCUCUUCCCUGAUUUUGAGAUAUUCAAACAUUGGAGCACACGUUGCGUGUGCGAAUGGGACUCGUGGAAAGCAGGUCACACGGGUUUUGACCGUCUCCUGAGGCGUACUGUCGGUGAAUUAGCUGAAAGGGGAGUACCCCCGUGGCCGCUGCCGGCGACGAAUGGGAAGACGUCAGUGAUAAUAAUGAUCGAUCGUACGACUGCUGAAAAUUACCCUCGCCCUUCCCGUUAACUCUACGUGGACGGCGACUCGUUUCGUCGCUGCGGAACAAACCAAAGGUUUCAUUCCCUGGGCUACCCGGUAAAAGAACCUAAUCGUAAAAAUACCCUGGAGGGUAUUUAUGGAAGCGGCGAAACCUAGAGGGUGGAGGCGCAGUUUCCCUGUGAGAUAUUCCUCAAUUCUUAGGAGUGCUAAGUGCCACGUAAUGUGAUUUGGGUGAUAUUUAGGGCCCAAUCAGCGAGUUCACCAGUUCAUGCAAGUUGUGCGAAAGGUCACCACAUGUGUCUAAGUGUCUAGACAGAGGUCAGGUUCAGACUGGUCGAAUCAGCUAACUACGGCCAUAGAAGCUUGCCAGACUAGCCAUUUCAGCUGAUUGGACCAGGUCGGACUAACCAGGAAUCAAUAUCUUUGGCCAUAUUCCAAAGGAUAUAUGGGACGUCUAGUAACGACAAUUUUUCACGUUUCUUCAUGUUCCUAGAGAAUAAAUAAGCACAACUGCGAAAAACAUGCCCGAGCGCUCUUCUUUCAUCUCAAUGUAAGAAUAUGUAGAUAAUUUAUUGAGAAUAUACGUACAGCUGCAUUCCAUUUGAAUGGUCUUGUUCAUCGUACAAAAAAGGAAAUAAAUAAAACACUCUGUUUGUGUUUUUGGUGAGAAUACAGGAGAUGGUGGAGCUUGAAUGCAAGUCCUGGGCUAGCCAAGGUGUGAACAUCAUGUACGAGUUGAGAGACGGAAGGAAGGGAUACAAGGCGGGAGCUUUGAAAAGUGGGAUGAGGCGGAGUUACGUCCAGCGAUGCGAAUUUGUUGCCGUCUUCGACGCCGACUUCCGACCCGAGCCGGACUUCCUCCGUCGGACUGUCCCUUUCCUCGUCCACAACCCCAGGAUCGCCCUUGUCCAGGCACGCUGGGAUUUUGGUAUGCUUCAUGAUAAUAAUAAUGAUAGUAACGGCCGUAACCAUAAUGAUUUAUUUAAUUUAUGAGCAGCAAGGAUUUGAGGACACUGACCAUUUGUGUCCAAAUGAUCGGAACUUCUUGAAUCUUUGAAGAUCAACGAUGGAAAAAUACUGAUAUCUCGCUUGAAGGUUUAUGAAAGACCAUGUAUGCACAAUGUUUCCUGAAAAGGUUUACUGACAUGAUUUCAAAAGGUCAUAUUUGAUGAUAAUCGACUACAUUUUGGUAUAAUUGCGUUGAAUUCAAUGUUUCGAUGGUUACUUGAACUUCUCUGACCUUCUCUUCUGUAAAACUUAGUGCCCAUGAUUCACACUCCUAUUAGCAAUUAUCCGUUCAUAGGGAGCUGCUGACGUAAGACCUAACGGGCUAUUUUGCAGUAAACUACAAGGAGUGCUUGAUGACGAGGAUACAAAAGAUGUCGUUGGAUUACCAUUUCAAGGUGGAGCAAGAAGCGGGUUCUUCUGCCCAGGGUUUCUUCGGUUUCAAUGGUUUGGAUUCUUGGCUGUGGGAUUGACGCUGUUUCAUAAGAAAAAAUUGGGAUACAUUAUCUGUUGCACGGUCGACCAUUGUUUGAGCAUGAAAGGGCAUUUCUGUAUCAUUCCACUGUGAAGGGACUGCCGGCGUCUGGAGAAUAUCAGCUCUUAAUGAAGCCGGAGGGUGGGAAGAUCGAACGACCGUCGAGGACAUGGAUUUAUCCAUCCGAGCUUGCCUUAAAGGCUGGAGAUUUUUAUACGUUGGUGAUGUUAAGGUAAAUAUCGUCGGAAUUUUUCGCUCUUCCGUUGUUCCAAUCGGUUGUGAUCCGCAGCUAUUAUCUUGGGUAUCAGACUACUUUUCGAGAACUAUCUUCUUGAAAUUUAUAAUCUUGGGCUCUGAUGUUUCUGUGUUUUCUAUCAAUGGCAUUGUGUGCAUGUGAAUGGACCUUAGAAGAAAUGAACUAGCCAAGGCAUCAUGUUUAUUAGCAACUAGGCUUCGAGUUUUCCUCAGGAAUGAGAUCUGAUCAAGUCCAGGGAAAUACCCUUAGUCAAUUCUCCUGGCUUCCUGUUUCCUGUAGGUGAAGAGUGAAUUGCCGAGUACCUUAAGAUCAUACAGAGAUCAGCAGCAUCGGUGGACUUGCGGCGGGGUGAAUCUAUUCAGGAAGAUGGGUCUGGAAAUACUGAGGGCCAAGGUUGGUAAUCCAGAAACUGAGUUUCGCAUUCAAUAAUCACGAGGGACAACCCAAAAGAGGGUGAGCAAGCGUCGCCUUCUGAAUGAGUCAGGAAGUCUCGCCGUGGAAAAAGCUCUACUUGAUCUACAACUUCUUCUUCGUGAGGAAGGUUGUGUGCCACGUCCUCACUUUUGUCUUCUAUUGCGCGGUGAUCCCCAUCACUUCCUUCGUUCCUGAAGUCGAGAUUCCCGCAUGGGGCCUCGUCUACGUCCCCACAACCAUCAGCCUCUUCAACGCCAUGGUGAAUCCUAGGUUUGAGCCCACAGCGACUUAGUAAGAUUCGCCUCCACUGCAUACAGUUCUCUAUUCUCACCGGAGGUUCUCUCAUGGCGGCAGCUCGAUCCAUCUCAUCGUCUUCUGGAUCCUCUUCGAGAAUGUAAUGGCGAUGCAUCGCAUGAGAGCGACCAUGAUCGGCCUUUUGGAGUUUGGAAGAGUUAACGAAUGGGUGGUCACCAAGAAGAUCGGAGAUACUCUCAACGAAAUACCCAAAUCUGGAGAACACGAAGAUCCUCCAAAAGGGAUUAGGGACAGGUGAUUAUCACGUACGCAUAAAACUCUGAUUUUCCUUCAUUCUAUGAAUGUAGGUCGUGCAAUUAAAACACAAUUAGGAGUAAUAAAUAUGGGCCAAUAUUGUUAGAUAUAUUAAUUUUUCUAUCAAAGGACUUAUCUCAUUCCUUCAGCUAGGGAUUAGUCUAGAAUCAUUGAUUACCAGUUUUACACGACGGGUAACACACUUAAUGUCUAAUUUUUUAUACCCUUCAGGCUUCUAACUCCCAGGUGCUGAGUAUCAGUCCAGCCUCAUGAUUUAAUCAUCUUGCUCAAUGAGAUAUUAUUCUAUCAUCAAUGUCUGACAGGAUCUACUGGAACGAGCUUGCGUGGGGCGUCUUCCUCUCGGUAUGCGCAUCUUACAAUCUUGCCUACAACAAGAAUUACCACUACGUUUACAUCUACCUGCAAGCCAUCGCAUUCUUCGUGGUGGGAUUGGGUUAUGUGGGAACAAAUAUCUCUCCCUGA